GAGUGUGAAGGUUGUUUGAUCGUUUAAUUUAACUACGUAAAUCUAAUAAAAAUAAAACGUGUCAUCGAAGAAAUUUUAAUAUAUUUUUCGUGUUUUUUCCAUUAUCUCUCUUAGUCUUCUAAGUUCCAACCCCCAAUUAAGGUUUCACUUCCCCUCUUCCUCAAAACUCACAAUAUACAUACAAAAAUUAUAAUCCAAAGUCAAAUUAAACCCAAAAAACCCAUUUAAUUCAAUUUUACUGACAAAUUCUUUUAUUAUAUAUACUACCCAAUUGAUCUAUUUACGUUAUGGGUUGUGCAUCUUCAGUUGCAGAUAGGAAUUCGGGGCGGGCCGCUGGACUUGAUCCCAAUGGUGGAGGUGGAGCAGUGGAUCCUAAAAAUCUUAAAGUGAAGCUGGUACUCUUGGGUGAUUCUGGUGUUGGUAAAAGCUGUAUUGUUCUGCGCUUUGUACGGGGUCAAUUUGAUCCGACAUCUAAGGUGACUAUAGGAGCUUCUUUUCUGUCUCAAACAAUAGCCUUGCAAGACUCAACUACAGUUAAAUUUGAAAUAUGGGACACAGCUGGUCAAGAGAGGUAUGCAGCACUUGCACCAUUAUACUACCGAGGUGCUGCAGUUGCAGUGGUUGUAUAUGAUAUUACUAGUCCCGAGUCUUUUGCCAAAGCACAAUACUGGGUCAAGGAAUUGCAAAAACAUGGGAGCCCUGAUAUAGUCAUGGCUCUGGUUGGCAACAAAGCUGAUCUCGACGAAAAAAGAGAAGUAACGACACAAGAUGGAAUUGACUGUGCUGAAAAGAAUGGUAUGUUCUUUAUAGAAACAUCCGCUAAGACAGCUGAUAAUAUCAACCAGCUGUUUGAGGAAAUUGCCAAAAGAUUGCCACGCCCGUCUGCUGCUUGACCCAUCAAGAAUAUAGAUCGGCAUAAACAGCUGCAGCAAUUCUGAUUGCUACAGUCUGUAACACUAUGUAUAUGAAGUCAUUCUACGUCUCUUCCUUUCUGCACUCUUGUUACAAUUUCUGAUCUUGUAAUCGCGAUCCUAUUCCAUGAGGCAUCUUGCUAUAACUGUGUGAAUUGAGGAGACGAAAAGCUCACUUCAACUUGUGAAAGUUUGAAAUAAUUGAAUGAUUCAAUGACAUGAAAUUUGGAGGGAA